AUGCUGGCUUCUCAGCUUCUAGAGCUCCUACCCCAACAAUGGCAGCUUCUGCUAGUAAUCCUCCCACUCGUUUCCCUGCUCUUCCUCCUACACAGGAGCCGGAACAGGUCCGGUAGCAUUAGGCUGCCACCAGGGCCCUGGCAGCUGCCCAUCCUGGGCAACCUGCACCAGAUCGGCCCACUGGCCCACCGGAGCCUGUUGGCGCUCUCAAAGCGGCACGGGCCGGUGAUGAUGCUGCGGCUGGGCAUGGUCCAGACGGUGGUGCUGUCCUCGCCGGAGGCCGCACACGAGGCUCUCAAGACCCACAACGUCGACUGCUCCGGCCGGUCCCCCUCGGCAGGGCCACGGUUGCUGUCAUAUGGCUACAAGGACGUCAUCUUCUCCCCAUACGGCGAGUACGUCCAGGAGAUGCGCAAGCUUUUCAUCCUUGAGCUGCUCAGCAGGCGCCGCGUGCAGGCCGCUUGCUAUGCUCGCGAUGCCCAGGCAGAAAAGCUGGUGAAGAACCUCACCAGUAUCGGGACAAAACCGGUGCUGGUUCCUGACUACAUCUCUGCCACGUUGGAUGGGAUCUUUGGCUCUUUUGUUUUUGGGGGAAACCGUGCUGCGGAGAAAUUCAAGGGGCAAUUGGUCCCUGUGAUGAACGAGGCCGUGGACAUGCUGAGCAGCUUCUCUGCCGAGGACUUCUUCGCCAACGCCGCUGGAUGCCUCUUUGACCAUGUUACGGGCAUCAAGGCCCACCGACAAAGGAUCUUUAAGAAGCUCGAUGGAUUCUUCGAACAGGUCAUCGAGCAUUACGUGAAUGAAGACCCCACCAGAAAAAAACUUGAUGACAAUUGCGGAUCAGCACUAGUGGAAGAACUUAUCGACUUAUGGAAGAAGCGCAAUAAGAUCACUAAGGAUCAUGUCAAGGCUAUCCUCAUGGACACUUUUGUCGCUGGCAAUGAUACUAGUGCAAUAACAAUAAACUGGGCAAUGGCGGAGCUAAUUCGCACUACCGGAAACUGGCCCUACCCCGACGGCCAAAUCAAUGCCGACGGCUGCCAUCGGCCUACUUUGCGCUAUGCCGACAGCCAUGUCUUGGCCGUCGGCGUAUCUUGGCCGUCGGGCUACCACGAGCUAAGCCGACGGCACCCGUCGGCAUACAUAUGUCGUCGGCCCAGAGAUAUGCCGACGGCAAAGCCGUCGGCAUAG